AUGUCAUCUGCUCCUAUGCUUCAGUCAACUCCAGGGAAAAGAAUUGCCCUCCCGACUAGAGUGGAACCAAAAGUGUUUUUCGCUAAUGAACGUACCUUCUUGAGUUGGCUCAAUUUCACCAUCAUUUUGGGGUCAUUGGGGGUUGGUUUGUUGAACUUUGGGGACAAGAUUGGCAGAAUCUCUGCGUUUUUAUUCACUCUCAUUGCCAUGUUGACCAUGAUUUACGCGCUUAUUACCUAUCACUGGAGAGCCGAUGCCAUUAGAAAAAGAGGCUCGGGUCCAUACGAUGACAGGUUCGGUCCAACCGUGUUAUGUUUCUUCUUGUUCGUGGCCAUUGUCAUAAAUUUCAUGUUGAGAUUUAACUCCCAGUAA